AUGAUAAAAGCGAAUGCACAGAAGCGUAGGAAAUUAUCCACCAUCUCGAGUGGGACGGUCGCGACGCCGUCCGAACGAGACGAACCACCGCAAACACGUGGCCGCCUUCGGGAACGGUAUCGCUUCACGGAGGAGUUGUUCCAGCUUUUCGAUAGUAUUACCGCCCACUGUUACCGUCAGCUGGCUCAGAAGGAUCGUUCCGUCUGGGAGCGGCUGUUCUGGCUGCUGAUGUUAAUACUGGAAGCGGCCACCCUCGUUGCGAUUAUCAUUUCCGCCUGGGGUAAGUUCACGGCAAACCCACUGAUAACGACCCUGCACGAUACGAUCUACCCGAUCGAGCUCGUGCCAUUUCCGGCGAUCUCGCUCUGCAACAACAAUCGUAUCUCACGCACGGCCGCCAUGAGGUACGCACGGCAGCUCGCCGAAAAGGACACGGAACGGCGCAAUGUGAGCUACUUCCUCGAGCAGAUCGUGCUGCUCGGGAAGCUGUACGACUUCGACUACGAGAAUCUGCACCAGAUGACUAAAUUCCAGGAGUUUCUCGACUUGAAUGACGUGAGCAACGGAACCGGAAUGUACAAUGCGCUGGAAACACUCACCAAGUUAUCGCCCCGUUGCGAGGAUAUGCUGUUGCGCUGCUUCUGGAAAAGUAUCGAACUACCGUGCAUGCUGCGGAACGAUAUGGUCGAGGUUCGCCGCACCCAGUACGGGUUUUGCUGCACGUUCAACUUUAUCGGACACACCGAAGAUAACGAGAUUCACCCGCCAUCGUACUUUUUGGACGUAACAGGACCGGAAAUGGGAUUGGUGCUUCUGCUGAAUGGAUCCUCUAAUGACUAUUUCUACAACUUGUUCAACAACAUUGGCUUCAACCUUCAAAUUUUCAACCCCAACGAAGUCCCGGACAGUACCGCCGGCGGGGUAAACGAGCAAUUCGUCCACCUCGGUACGGAAACGUUCAUACGAGUUGAUGCCAUCACCAUCAACAGUGAGCCGGAUGUGCUACGCUACUCGAGACAGAAGCGCCAGUGCGUGUUUCGCAACGAGCUCCUGAAGUACGGGGCCAACUACGGGCGCAGUAACUGCGUGGCCGCCUGCCGACUCCGGAGCGUGCUGGCACUGUGCGAGUGCGUACCGUUCUACAUGCCGACGGCUGGAGCAGCGGCCAGCAGCAAGUCCAUAACGACCUGCAAUCUCCAGCAUAUCGCUUGCCUGAACAAGUACAAGAUCAAGUGGUCAACCGUGAUAACGGACAUCGUGCGCAUCCCGGGACUGGAGAAGGAGAUGGAGGAAUCGCUCUACUGUCCGGAAUGUUUACCCUCCUGCUCGGACAGCAAGUAUCAGAUCACUGCCUCGGAGCUGCCCCUCAUAAGGUCCCGGCGCGACGGGUUCAGCAUAACGGCCGGCAUCGAGAACGUGGCGGACGUCGCGGUGGUGCGCAUAUUCUUCGGCCAGCCGGAAACGUGGAUGUACAAGCAGAACGUUGCCUACUACUGGUUCGAGAUAUUUAGCAACUUCGGCGGGAUGUUCGGCAUCAUGGCCGGCAUGUCACUGAUAACCCUCACGGAGGUUGUUUACUUUGUGGGCCGGCAGCUGGUGCUGGUGUUUGCGACCCGCUCCUGGAGUGCACGGCUCGGUGCGCGGAAACCCAACCUCGAGUUACUGCAGUGAGGCCCCAGGAUUGGUCAACAGCCAGGCACCAGCUGUUAGUUACAGCCAUUGUUUUGUGCCGGGUCCAAUUAACACCACCACCAUCACGUACGCUUUUGCGGCACUUGACGUUAGGGGGGAAAAAAACGGCCAAAACAAGGAGCAACUGGCACUGUCGACCAUUUGGCCAAACCAACAAACGCUUUACUCGUUAGUGGUUGCUGUUUUUGAAUGCUUAGAUGAUGGGGUUUUUAGUGACCGUAGCCGAGAGCAGUACACAGUGCUCGGGGAAGUACCUUACGGCGAGUAAAUUUAUUCACCAGCUCUCUUACGAACACGGCGAACAGCAAUCAUAAGGCACGUGAUGACACUUUGCGUGGAUACUGGAGUACAGCUUGAAGUUGUAGUAGCAAGUAGUUCAAUAAAUUAAACUCGCUUCUCAGUAA